UCAAAAAUAAAUCAGCUGAUUAUUUUUAAUUUUUGUUAAUCGUUAUUUAUUUUGCUAAGAGUUUGCUUUGAAUAAGUGUUGGUUAACACAAAACAAAACUCCUUGAAUUUGAAAAAUGUACUUGAUCAUUAUUACUGGUUGUCUAAUUUAUUUUUCAGGAGGCCUUUUUAAACUUUCAGUUUGACAGCGAUCAGUAUUGCCAUGUGUCUCCGCCGAUGCUGUGUCAAGUCCGCAAUAUUUAUGUAAUUCAAAAUAAAAAUUCUAUGUUGCAAAAAUAAAUACACGGCCAGUUUAAUCGUUCAUAAGUAAUAAAUCAUUCAAAAACUCCAUCAUGGGAACAGUACACGCAAAGGCGGAGCACGGGCAGGGUGACAAUGAGGUCCUGGGCAGCAACCUGUUUGAUUUCGGAGUUGAGGAGCCUAUUGAGAUGGAGGAGCCCAUCAUCCAGCGGCCCAGCAUCAAGCUCGGCGGUGUGCGGGCACGAGUUGACCGGGUCCAUGUAGACGGUCUGAGCCGGACCAAGGAUGACGUGAUCCGGGGAGCUGUGGACGACUUGUUCCAUGCCACGGAUUUCGAGGACGUCAUACUGCGAGCACAUAAGGUGCGUCGCGCUCUGGACGCCAUGGGGUGCUUCCGCGACAUCGCCGUGCUCAUCGACGUGUCGUCCGGGCCCGGCGCCACGCAGGGACUCGAGGUGACGUUCCAGGUGAAGGAGCUGUCCCGCGUCGUGGGCGGCGUCAACACUACCGUGUCCGAGAACGAGGGCAACCUCGUGCUGGGAGUAAAGAUGCCGAACGUGCUCGGCCGCGGCGAGCGCAUACAAUCCGAGUACUCUCUAGGAUACCGGAGCUCUUCCAAUUUCAGUAUCACCGCGACCAAACCUUACCCGCACAAACCCAAGACGCCAUUGCUGUCAGCGCAGGUGUACCAGCAAAAUUCUGAGUACCCGUGGUCGGGGUACAGACUGCUCGACCGCGGCUUGUUGCUCGGGGUAGCCUUCAACACUUCUCCCUCGACGAAGCACCAGCUCCAGUGGGAGGGCUUGGUCCGCGACACGUCGGUCCUCAGCAAAACCACCAGCUUCAAGAUUAGGGAGAGCAGCGGUCCUCAAAUGAAGUCGGUGAUCCGCCACAUCGUGUCGGUGGACCACCGCGACGAGCCCAUCUUCCCCACGCGAGGGGCCUGGGUCCAGUUCUCGAGCGAGGUGGCCGGGCUGGGCGGCGGCGUCGCGCACCUCAAGAGCGAGCUGAAGGCGCAGACCAACCAUGAGCUCGCCGAGAACGUGGUGUUGCAAGUGACCGGCGCUGCAGGCGUCCUCCAUGAUGUCUUCGGGACAGAGAUACCUGAUCACUUCUUCCUCGGAGGACCCACAACUCUUCGAGGGUUCAGGUCCAGAGGAGCCGGACCCCACACCGAUGCUCAUGCUUUAGGCGGCCGGAUGUACUGGGCCAGCGGCGUGCAUCUGUACACCCCUCUGCCCUUCCGUCCCGGGCGAAGCGGCCUCGGAGAACUCUUCAGGUCCCAUGUGUUCGUCACCGGCGGCUGUCUCGCUUCCCCAGAGGAGUCCGGAGCAUCACCGUGGGACGCGUUGUCGGCCGUGCGCGUGUCGUGCGGCGCCGGCGUGGCCUUGAGGCUCGGCCGCGUGGCGCGCCUCGAGCUCAACUACUGCGCGCCCCUGCUGGCGCGCGCCGGCGACGUCACGCAGCCGGGGAUCAGCUUCGGCGUGGGCGCUGACUUCCUGUAGACAUGUGAGUGCACACACACACACACACACACCGUGGGACGCGUGUCGUGCGGCGCCGGCGUGGCCUUGAGGCUCGGCCGCGUGGCGCGCCUCGAGCUCAACUACUGCGCGCCCCUGCUGGCGCGCGCCGGCGACGUCACGCAGCCGGGGAUCAGCUUCGGCGUGGGCGCUGACUUCCUGUAGACAUGUGAGUGCACACACACACACACACACACCGUGGGACGCGUGUCGUGCGGCGCCGGCGUGGCCUUGAGGCUCGGCCGCGUGGCGCGCCUCGAGCUCAACUACUGCGCGCCCCUGCUGGCGCGCGCCGGCGACGUCACGCAGCCGGGGAUCAGCUUCGGCGUGGGCGCUGACUUCCUGUAGACAUGUGAGUGCACACACACACACACAC